AUGUCUGCACAACAAAGUAUGACUGUAGAUGAACAUAUUAAUCAACUUGUUGCUAAAGCACAAGUUGCACUUAAAGAAUAUCUUAAACCAGAAUUUACACAAGAAAAAAUAGAUUAUAUUGUAAAGAAAGCAUCAGUUGCAGCACUUGACCAACAUUGUGCACUUGCAGCAGCCGCAGUUGAAGAAACAGGAAGAGGUAUUUUUGAAGAUAAAGCUACUAAGAAUAUAUUUGCAUGUGAACAUGUUACACAUGAAAUGAGACAUGCUAAAACAGUUGGUAUUGUUAAUGUAGAUCCACUUUAUGGAAUUACAGAAAUUGCAGAACCAGUUGGAGUUGUUUGUGGAGUUACACCAGUUACUAAUCCAACAUCAACAGCUAUUUUCAAAUCACUUAUUUCAAUUAAGACAAGAAAUCCAAUUGUAUUUUCAUUCCAUCCAUCAGCACUUAAAUGUUCAAUUAUGGCAGCUAAAAUUGUUAGAGAUGCAGCUAUUGCAGCAGGAGCACCAGAAAAUUGUAUUCAAUGGAUUGAAUUUGGAGGAAUUGAAGCAUCAAAUAAAUUAAUGAAUCAUCCAGGAGUUGCAACUAUUCUUGCAACAGGAGGAAAUGCUAUGGUAAAAGCAGCAUAUUCAUCAGGAAAACCAGCACUUGGAGUAGGAGCAGGAAAUGUACCAACAUAUAUUGAAAAGACAUGUAAUAUUAAACAAGCAGCAAAUGAUGUAGUUAUGUCAAAAUCAUUUGAUAAUGGUAUGAUUUGUGCAUCAGAACAAGCAGCAAUU